AUGCCUAAAACCUUAGUGUUUCAUCGCAAUUUAACCCAUUCAUACCAACACGCUCGCCAUAAAGAAAAGGAAAAGGCGCAUAGAUUCGAUAUCAAAAAAGAUGAUUCGAGCUCUGAUCCAAAUGAGCCGUCUUCUAACGGAAACGGAACCCAAAGUACAAACCAUGUCACUAUGGAGAUAUUACCUGAAUGGCUCGAGUUAGUGGAUGAGUGCAAUUAUCUGUUAUCUAAUGCCAGGGUGAAGGUUAAAGAGCUGGAGAAACUCCAGAACAUGAACCUCCUGAACGUUUUUGGAAAGGGAGGCAGGGGUGACUAUGAAAAGAUUUCAAACUUAUCAGUCGAGAUUACAACAACUUUUAAGAAAAUUGAAAUCAACACAGAGAAAAUUUCAAAGGAAGUUGAUAAUUACAUUGAACACCAGCUAAGGAACAACGCAAAGGCUAAAAUCGCCACAGACCUCGUCCCCCUCUCAAUCUCCUUUAGGAAAAUGCAGAAAAAAUUCUAUGAUUCACUACAAAAUGAUUCAAUUAACAACGAUAUGACUAUAAUGAAUAAUGUUGUAAGGGAUGAGAUUAUACAAGAUUCAGUUCAAACUUCACAUGAAAACAUCGCAGAUAGAACAAUGGUAAAAUUAAAACUACUUUAUUUAUUUUCAAAACCGAUUUUUCAAAACAGUUUAUUAUUUUUAAAACUUAGGUUACAGCAAAUAGCUGUAACUGUACAAGAUUUAAAGGAUAUGUAUACCCAAAUGUCAACAAUGCUAGUUGAACAGGGUUCGAUGCUGGAUCAAAUCGACUACAACGUGAGGGAGUUUUCAAGGAAUUCACAUAAAUUUGCUCAAGCACUUAAAUUGAGACAUGAACGUGAUAAUCCCAGAAAAGCAAUUAAAACUGUUAGAUAUUUGGUCACCUUCAUCUUUGUGCAGGUACCUUCCUUAUUUCAAUAUAUAUAUAAUAAUAAUAUUUAG